GUUUAACUGAUUUUUGUUCUUGAUCAUUUUUAAGUGUUCCUUGAUAAUUAUUUAUAUCUUAUAAGUUUCGUUUAUUUAAUAAGUAUUUUAAUUAUGUAUUAUUCAUGUGUUGAAAGUUUUGUGAAAUUAAAUUCACGUAAAAUUAUCAAAUACUCGGCUAUAUUGACAGUGCUAUUUGCUAUAUAUUUAGCACCUGUAGGUGACUAUAUGAUUGCUGGACUUAAAUACUUGCCCGGAUACUACCAUGACCUGGAUACUAUUCGAACUUCCGUACAAAUCAUAGAAUCUCGUGGUUUUCAAUCGGAAACACAUUACAUAACCACUGGUGACGGCUAUAUCCUAACUGUUAACCGGAUAGUCAACCCAUACGUAAAGGACAGGUCAUCCCUAAGACCAGUUUUACUACAACACGGCUUUCAGAGCUCCGAUAAGGGUUGGCUCAUCACCUCAGCCNCAUCCCUAAGACCAGUUUUACUACAACACGGCUUUCAGAGCUCCGAUAAGGGUUGGCUCAUCACCUCAGCCGGCAAACUGAGUAGGAAUGGCGAGUACAGUGAGCCGGACCGGAGGGGAAAGGUAGGUAAUACCUUGCCGUUCGUGUUGGCCACACAGGGAUAUGAUGUCUGGUUGGCCAACAUGAGGGGAAAUGUAUACUCACUUAACCAUACCGUGUAUUCGAGUAAAGCACCGGGAGGAAAGGUGGACAUAGAAUUCUGGAAGUUUUCGAUCGAUGAGAUGAUUGACUACGACCUACCGGCGCUCAUACAACACAUACUCACCACCACUCAUAAA